AUGAGAGAGAAAAAUUUAAAUUUUAGAAGUGAAUCAAUUUUUUGGGGGAAUCGCAGUUUUUUUGAUAUCCUGGAAAAUGUAGAUGAUGAGAAAGAGGCUAAGAGAAGUGCACAUUUUUUUAAUAGUAAUAAAAACAUUUUUUUAAAUUUAUUUAAAGGUACGAAUCAAAAUAAUAAUGUAAAUAAUAUAUUAUUAGAAAAGAAACGUAUAGUGUCUAAUUCUAAAAAUAAUAAAUGUGUUAAUAAAGAAUGUAAAAAUAAUGAAGUAUGUAAAAUAGAAUUAAAAGAUGAAUUUAAGAAGAAUGAAGAAAUUAUUAAGAAUGAAUGCAAUUGUUCCAAAAGAAAUGACUGGAUAAAAAAUUUCUGUUGGUUUUGUUCUUUACAUAUAUUAGAUGAAAUAUUAGAAAAACAAAUUUAUAAAGAAAAAAUUCAUGAACAUGUAUAUGAUUUAAUUUAUGAUGAAGAUACUUAUUUCGAUACAAGUUCUAUGAUGAGUAUUCCAUAUGAAUUUGCUCGAUUUAUGAUUACACAAUUAGAAUACAGCACAUUACAUGAAAUAAAACUAAAUAAUAUAAUUAAAGAAGAAAAAUAUUUAUUUAAGAAAUAUAGUAAAAAAAGUGCACAAAAUCGAAAAAAACAGUAUGAAUAUAAACAGGAACAAAUAUAUAAAUCUGAUGAAUCCAAUAGCACUUGUAGUUUAAUAAGUGAUGAUACUACUUUAAAUAUAAAUAUGAAGAAUAACAAUUUGGAUUAUAGUAACUAUUUAAACAUGCGUAGAGAAUUAUAUAAUAACAACAAUAAUAUUAAUAGUAGUAGUAGUAAUAAUAAUAAUAAUAAUAAUGUGAAGGAUACUUCUGUUAACAUAAGACAAACAAAAGGGACAAAGAAAACAUUCUACGAUAGUAACAAUGUGGGGAAUUCUGGAAGAACAGAUUUGUUUAAUUUUAAAAAGGUUUUGUUAUCAUCCGAAAGUCUAUUAAAUAAAAAUGAUCAAUAUUAUAUGGAUGAAAAUAAGAAGGAUUGUAACCACAUGGAUAAUAAUAAUAUUAAUUCUCAUAAGAAUUAUAGUAAUAAUAACAAAUAUAAUGAACAAUUAUAUCUAGGAAAAUAUAUUAGUAAUAAAGAGUUACCAGAUGAUACAAAUAAAAUAAAUAAUCAAGUUCAUGAUAUAUUAAGUGAAAAUGUAAAAUAUGAAGAAAACAGCAAAACUAAUUUUUUUAGUAGGAGAAGAAAUAAUAGUACCUUAGGAACAUAUCAUAGACAAUAUAACAAAAGUAGUAGUCAUAGUAGUUUUAGUUGUAUUGCUUAUUGGAAAUCGAAAACAUUAAGUGAUUCUAUAAUAAAUUCAAAAUAUUUUAAUGACGUUAAGAAGAAUAAUAAAAUAAAAAAAAAAUACAAAAAUGAAAAUGUAAAUGAAAAAAUAAAUGAAAGAAUAAGUGAUAAUAAACAUAUAAAUGAAAACCAUUUAAAUGAUAAUGUGUAUAAAAAUUAUCACCAUUUUGAUCAACAUAUACUUAACUACAAUAUUUAUAACACAUCAAAUGAUCACAAGAAAAAUAAAGCUGUUCCAUCCCUAAUUAUAAAUCGUUUUAGAAGUGGACGUUAUUCUGAAAAUUCUACAAUGAAAUAUGAAGGAAAAAAUUAUUAUCCAUCCUUUAUGUCACAAAGUGCUUUAAAAAGAUGUAGAUCGUACACAAUAUUAUUAAGAGAAAAAAAAGAAAAGAAAAAGAAUAGGAGAAUGAAAACAUGUUUAAAUGGUGAAGAAAUGAAAACAUGUAUAAAUGAUGAAGAAAUGAAAAUAUAUUUAAAUGAUGAAGAAAUGAAAACAUGUUUAAAUGAUGAAGAAAUGAAAACAUGUUUAAAUGAUGAAGAAAUGAAAACAUGUAUAAAUGAUGAAGAAAUAGAUAAUGAUAAGAAUAAUGACAUUUUGUAUCAUAAUAAAUAUAAAGACGAAUAUAUUUCUAAAGACAAAAAAAUAUAUAAUAAAUAUAAAAACAAUUUAAAUCAUAUAAAAGAAUUUUAUUAUCUUAAUGAAACUGACAAGAAACCUUUUCCAAUAUGUCUAUAUAAUAAUAUCAAAUCUUUUGAGAAUAUAAAACAAUGUUAUCGUUGUUGUUGUUUUUUUAAUAUAAAAUGUUGUCACUGUAUUGAAUGUAAAGAAAAAUAUCAUAUGAAACUUAAGAAUCCACAUUAUUUUAUUUUCCAACAUGGUUUAACAGCAAGUGUUCAUGAUUUUCAAAACAUUUUUAAUUCUUUGUUAACGAAAUAUCCUCAUGUUUUUGUAUAUGUUACUUAUAGUAAUCAAGGGCACACCUUCGAAGGUGUAGAUGUAGGAACAGAAAGAAUAUGUACCGAACUAAAUUGUUUAUUUAAAAUAAUUAAUGAUAAAAUAAAUAUUUCUAUGAUUGGUCAUUCAUUAGGAGGUAUAUUAAACCGAUCUGUUUUAUUAAAUUUAAAUAGAAAGAAAAUAUUUAAAAAUAAAAAAUUAAUAAAUUUUAUUACAUUUGCAUGCCCACAUAUAGGGGUACAUGAAAAUAUGGCCAUUAUGAAAGUAUUAUCAACUUAUCUAGGUGCUCAUACUAUUGAUGAUUUAAAUAAUAAAACAACAUUAUUAUUAAAAAUUGCUAGUGUUGAAAGUAUAAAUAUUCUCAAGAAAUUUGAGAAUAUUAUAUUUUAUGGAAAUACCCAAUCAGAUUGGUUAGUCGGUAUAAGAACAUCUUUAAUAUUACCAUAUACUUUAUUUAAUGAGGAAUUAAUUUUAUUUAUUAUAGAGCAGGCAAAGAAUGUACCGGAAAUACCUAUAAACAUAUUUUCUGUUGUUCAUUUGUAUAUGAGAAAGAAGAAAUUACUAUUUUUCUAUUUCUAUCAAGAUCUAAAAAAUCCUAAUUAUUUAUUGAAUAAGAGAAAGGAGCAGAGUAAAUUUCUGGACCAGAUGUUACAAACCAUAAUAUCUUCUCGUAAAUUAUUGUCUUCUACAAACACAAAGAAGUUUAAUUUGUUUACAAAUUAUUAUUCCAAUAUUGGUUUGGAUAAGCUCAAGGGCGUACCCGAGGAAUUCAAUAAAAAUAUAAAUAAUGGUAGUAAUGUUUAUUCGGAUGGUUCUAAUCAGGUUGUAGAGAAUACAGAUGAAAAGGAUGAGGGACAAACAUGUGAUUAUACGAAUGUUGGAAAUAAUAAUCAAAUGGAUAAUACAAAUAAUUAUGAUAAUCAGAAUGGUAGUAAUAAUAAUAAUAAUAAUAAUAAUAAUAUAGUUCAAUCUGUUAUUAUAUACGAUAAGAAUAAGUAUGAGAAUAAUAACAAUUAUUCAUUAUAUACUCCUUCAUAUGUAAAGAAAAAGAAUAUAGAAAAUAAUAUAAAUUUUAAGGGACAUAUAUUUCCUCAGGAUAUAAAUACUCAGAUGAUGCCAAUCCAUUUCAGAAAAAAUGUAACAAGUACUAAAAAACAAGGUAAAAGUAAAAAGAUUGAUAAAAAUGAGAGUAAUGUUUUAGAUGAUAAAGAGUUUGUGAAAUAUGUUAAUGGAUUUAAUGGAAAUAAGAAAGAUAUUAAUAAUAAAUAUGAAGAGGGAUCUUAUUAUAAAUCACAAACAUAUCAUGAUAUGUUUAUUGAAAAAAAAAAAAUGAAAGAAAAUAAAAAUAUGUCCACUUUGAUAUGUAGGUCGAAUAUGAAUAAUAAUAAUAAUAAUAAUAAUAAUAAUAAUACAGAUAAUAUAGAUAAUAAAAUGGAGUAUGUACAAAAUGAUGGAAGAGAAAAUAUAAAAGAAAAAGAACAUAUUCAUCAUAACAUUAUAGAUGUAUCCCAUAGGAACAAUACUCAUUUAUGUAAUAUACCAAAUUGUGAUGAACUAUUAUUAUAUAAAAAAACAGAUAAAACAAAAAGCUUUGAAUGUAUUUAUAUGGAUAAAUAUGAGAAAGAACAUAUAAUAAAUGAGAAUAAAAAGAUGAUUGCUAAUAAUGAUAAUUAUACAUGUUCAGUAUAUGAAAAUAGUAAUUGUUCAAAUAAGAAUUCUUUUAAUAAUAAGGAUCCUAUUUAUAAUAAUAAUAAUAUGAAUAAUGACAAGGGUACAUAUAAAUAUGGAACUCUAAAUUCUAAGAGUGACCAUAAUAUGAAUAUAUGUGAUGAAGAAAUAAAGAAGAAUAAAAAUAGGAUAAAUGAUAUAAAUAUAAAAAACAUUACAGAUAAACAUGUUAUAAAUAAGAAUAUUAUAAAUUAUAAAAUCAAUGAAAAUAAAACUAAAAACAAUAUCCCACUCGUUAAUAAUAAAAAUAAAAUACUUGUCAAUAAUAAUAUACAUACGUAUAAUAAUAUUCAUAUGACAAAUAUAAAUUCACUUCAUGAGAAAAAAAACAAAUUUGGUGAGUAUAAACAUUUUGAGAAAUUAUUUUUUGAUUGUCUAAAAAGUAAAAUAAUUAAUGAAAUCAAAACUUUAGAUAACAAUUUAAAAAAAAAAAAAAAAAAAAAAAAAAUCGAAACAAAUAAAUUGUUCUCCAUACAAAAUACAAUUAACAUAAUCAAAAAUUAUAGUUUCUUAUAUCCUUCCAAAAAUAACAACAAUGAACAAAAAAAAAAAAAAAAUUCACAAAGCAGUACGGAAUCAAGUGGUACUACAAAUAAUAAUAUAGAUAGUAAAAACGACAUUCAUAUGAAUAAAAAAUUGGAGGAUACAAGUCAUGUUAUGCCAAAUUAUAGUUUGGGUGAAAAAAAUUCAUGGGGAAAAGAAAAAUUAAAAAAAUUAAUGGAUAUAUAUUUUAACGAAAAGGUAUUAAAGGAUACAAACGUAAGUAAUAACAUUAAUGAAUGUAUAAGUAAUGGAAAUAUAAAACAAAUGGAUAAUCAACAAGAAAAAAUAAAUAUAAAUGAAAAAAUAAGUGAACAUGUAAAUGAAAAAAUAAAUGAAAAUGUGAAUGAUAAUAUAAAUGAUAAUAUAAAUGAUAAUAUAAAUGAUAAUAUAAAUGAUAAUAUAAAUGACAAUAUAAAUGAUAAUAUAAAUGAUAAUAUAAAUGAUAAUAUAAAUGACAAUAUAAAUGAUAAUAUAAAUGAUAAUAUAAAUGAUAAUAUAAAUGAACAUGAACAAACCUAUAUACCAUUUGAUGAUGAUCAGAAUGAAGAAUAUGAUUAUAUUAGCGAAUUUUUUUAUUCGACUUCUGAAGAAAAUGAUAUGAACUUUAAUAACAAUUUAUCAUUUAAAGAACAUGAAUUAAAGAAGGAUAAGAAUUAUAUUCGUGAUGAAAAUAGUAAAUAUGUCGAAUUUAAAUGUAAUAAUAAUAAAAAAAAAGAAAAUAGAUCAAGAGAUAAAUUAAAAAGAAAUGAUUUAUUAAAAGGUAUAACAAAAUAUGAUAAAAAACAAUAUAAAGAAAUAUUAUAUUAUAUUUAUACCAUAUCAAGUGAUGAAUUAUUAGAAAAAUUUUUUAAAAAUCCAGAACUUUUAUAUUAUGAAGUAUUAUUUUAUUGCUUAAAUAGAUUACCGAUUCAAAGAUAUUCUAUAGCUAUACCUAUAUAUUCUAAUGCGCAUGUACAAAUUAUUGCACAUCCAAGAAUAUGUUCUGAAGAAUCUGCUAUAGUCAAACAUUUUGUUGAACAUUUAAUUCUUUAA